ACCGAGCUCCCACCCGUCCAGAGCCAGGUUGUUGUUGCCAUGAGGACAGCGAAGCAACAGGGAAACCGAGCUGCAGGAACACGCUUCCUCCGGGCUUGAAUAUAUCUAAGAAUGGGAGGAUGAAGCUUUCUUGUUAUGAUAUGUCUGUCUGUUUCUCUCACAUUGCAGGUUUCAUUUGGAUGUAUUUCUGAGCAACAGAGGUGGACCUGACAGACCAAAAAAGAUUUACUCUGCUCUUUGAAUUCUUUUUCCUUGUGUCAACAAUUUAUUCAGAAACAAAACACCCACUUGCAAAUACGCUCGUGUUUUUUUAAACCACAAAAUUGUGAAAAUGGAGCUAUCACAAUGACGAGCCCUCCAGACUGAAGAGACGCUGUCUCCCUCUCUCUCUCACACGUGCAGACAGGCCAACAGAUGUUUGAGGGGAUUGCCGUCCACCAAUGGCUGUGCUGGGGAACUAUCUACCUGUUGGCAGCGGGGGUGGCAUUAUCAUCUGAAACACGCUGGCUGUGUCCAAAGUCCUGCCGCUGCAACACCGUGCUGCUGGAGGUGAACUGCUCUGAUGGCCAACUUACCACAGUGCCCAACGGUCUCCCACAAAACCCUAAACUACUAAACCUAACACAUAAUAAGAUCAAGACUCUGGUGCACCAGCAGUUCCGGACUUUGACGCAACUUUUUGAUUUGGAUUUAAGUGACAAUAUUAUAGUAAUAAUUGAAGUGGAAGCCUUUCUCGGCUUGCAAAGUCUGAUAACUCUGCGUCUUGCCCGCAACCACCUGAAGAUUAUUCCUGUCGGAGUGUUUGCUGGUUUGCCAAAACUGAAGUUACUGGACAUAAGCAGCAAUGAGAUCCUUGUUUUUCUAGAUUUUACCUUCCGUGACUUAACUUCCCUGCAGUUCAUUAAAGCAGCAGAUAAUGACUUAGUUUUUAUUUCUCAUCAAGCUUUUACAGGCUUAACCAGUCUGCAAGAGCUGCGCCUUGAUGGCUGCAACCUCACUGCUGUGCCAACAGAGGCACUCACACAGCUCGGGAACCUGAAAAGUCUUCAUUUUUACCGAAUGGGCAUCACCACACUGCCAAACUACUCUUUUCGUCACCUAGAGCGUCUGAAGGAACUUCUCAUUAGUCACUGCCGCUGGCUGGAGAACCUGUCAGGAAACAGUCUCUUUGGCCUAAAUCUUACAUCCCUAACCAUUAGACACUGUAACCUCAGUGUUGUCCCCUACAUCUCUUUGCAUCAUCUUGUAUAUCUUGUAUACCUUGACCUUUCUUUUAACCCAAUCACCUACAUUCAUGAAAACCUGUUUGGAGACUUGCUCCGGCUCCAAGAGCUCCAUCUGGUGGGGGGAUCAUUGCUACGGAUCGAAAUCGGAGCAUUCAAGGGUUUGGCACAUUUCAAAUUGCUGAAUGUAUCUAGAAACUUUCUCACCACACUCGAGGUAGGAGCUUUCCAUUCGGUGGACGUCCUAAGAACUCUGGGACUUGAUAACAACCCACUAGCAUGCGACUGCCGUCUGCUGUGGGUGGUGCAAAGGCGACUCUAUCUGGACUUUGGUGGAAAUCCACCGACUUGCACUACCUCCGUCCAGUUGCAGGGAUGGUAUUUUCUAGACUUUACUGAAGCUGAGCUCCCAAGCCUGCUCACAUGUCGGCAGCCUAGUAUUCUAAACCCUAAACCUCAAGAAGUGAGAGUAGAUCAAGGACAAACAGUUGUGUUUUAUUGCAAUGCAGAAGGUGACCCUCUGCCAUCUGUCACCUGGAUAAGCCCGCAGCUAAAACCUCUGUCACCUAUUGGUAGAAUACGGGCUCUCUCUAAUGGCUCGCUGGAGGUUCGCUAUGCUCAACCUCAAGACAGUGGUGCUUAUCUCUGUGUGGCAUCUAAUGCGGCAGGAAAUGACAGCCUGCUCGUCAGCAUUCAUGUCCGAGCCUUUCCAUCAUCUUCUAAAAACCCCUUUCAUCUUAAAGGUUGGUUUGCCUUUCCAUCUGCCUCUCCAGGUGUGAAUGGAAAUCAGAAUAUCCCAUUAGAUGUCAAGACGUUACUGGUAGCUAUAACCAUUGGAUUGAUUUCAUUUUUCAGCUCUGUGAGCGUUUGUUUCAUCUUCAUGUUUUUCUGGAGUAAGAGUAAAGGGCAAAUAAAGCACACAGCCACAAUAGCAUACGUGCCACGAAGCGCUGUGUCAAGUAGUAAUGGAGGGAAAGGCAACUAUAUGGACACAAGCAGGUUCACCAUGAAACUAAUAUGAGUCUAUAAGUAAAAAUCCUGUUUUCACUUGGUUUGACCUAGUACAUUCAAAUGUAAAACUUGUAUUUUAAUUUCCAUUACUAGAGAUAAUUAAUUUAAUUUUAGAGCAUGUAAACUUGUUUCCAACAGAGGCUGACUGUUGAUUAAUUCAUAUAAACUAAAGCAUGUUAGCCUA